AUGGCCACCACAAACAACCUCCCGUCAAGCAAUAGCCUGAAUCUCGCCUACGCAGCUUUGGGCAUUUUCGGUGCCCUCCUUCUCCCUAGCGUAUACAUCACCUACAAGCAUGGGAAGCCCGGUAUUAUCUGCUGGCCCAUAUUCGUGUCCUACUUUGGUCUUCGCUUUGCGUCGGACGCGUAUCUCAUCAUCCGUAAAAACGACCCCGAAGAGCCAACUACCGUCACCAUGAUGACCAAUGCUGGAGGCAUUGUAUGCUUGUCGCUGACUCUGAUUGGCAUGAUCUACGAAGCUAUCAACAUUAUCCCGUCUCACUCCAAACGCUGGGGCCGAAAGAUAAUGCUCGGUGUCACCCAUCUCGGCAACACGGUCGGUAUCGGCAUGGCAGCAUACGCAGGAAAACCGGACGAUGAUGCCCCCGGCGGCGUGAAGAACGAGACUCUCAACAAGAUUGGCAAUCUACUCAUGUUUUUGGUCAUGGUCGUGGUCUUGUUCUGGUUGUGGCCCGCGACGAAGCGAGUUCUCUCAGCCAGACAAGAGGUCAACUACAAGGCUUCCAAGGCACUCGUGAUGGCUGCUGGACCUGGGAUCGUUCUUCAGCUGAUCCGCCUGAGCUACAGUAUCACGUACGCCUUCAACCGCAUCCCAAGCUUGGAUCCAGUCACCGGAAGCUUCGCCACAAGGCUGGUGCUGAUGUUUGGAACACAGCUGUGCAUUGUUCUGGUCAUUAUCGCUGGAGGGUGGUUCAGCAAGGAUGCGCUGCCACUGUCGCAGAUCAAAGUUGGAGGUGCAGAUGUUGAGAUGAACAGGGCUUCAGAGAGAUUGGUCAGACAACAAGAAGCAGGCGUUGUUUGA